UCCAUCCAUGCAAUCCGCACACCACUGACCUACUUCUCCCACUUCCUUCAGUUUAUUCCGCACCAUGGCUGUGGAUGCUGCGGAUGCUCUCUGCUGCAUGCUGCAUCCUCGCCGGCUUUCCUUUCUCUUUCUCAUCAUCACCUUCUCCUCCCUGCCGGCCCCAGCGGCGUCGCUGCUCGGCGUCCGUCCCGAAGACACCCACAGCAAGGAUCUGUCCGUGCGGGACGGAAUGUUGAGGGCAACCGAGGGAACUCGCUUCUUGCUGAGGGUUUACUACUCUGAGCAUCCUAACAGCGCAAACAUCAGCGGGAGACCUGACGCUGCACCUGCCGCUCCGUGGAUCGCCUUCAUCGAGGAGCCGAGCGAUGGCAGCGGGGAUGCGGAGUUGGGGCUCCGCUUCAAGGGGAACCCGUGUGAGGAUGAGAGCUCCAGGAGCUCUGACAUAGAACUGCUGGGCUCCUUUAGAUCCACCUCAAGUCACAACUCCGUUCUGGUUGAGCUGCUGGCCAAAGACUUGCGCAGAGAUGAGGUGAUUAAAUACUUCUCCAUGUGCGCGUUUGAUGGAGUGAAAUGGGAGCACUUUAGGACCAAAGACUUCUGGCUGGCUGUGGUGGAGAGACCUCCAGAGCCGGAUGGUUGGCUCCAAGCUGGGGUCUCUGUGCUUUUAUUAGCGCUGUCUGCCUUGUGCAGCGGGCUGAAUAUCAGCAUGCUGGCUCUUGACCCCGUGGAGCUCCGGGUCCUGCAGAACAGCGGCACAGAGAAGGAGCAGAAAUACGCGCAGAAAAUAGAAUCGGUGCGUAAACAUGGCAACUACAUCCUCUGCACCGUGGUGCUGGGUAACGUCCUCACAAAUACGUGUUUUGUGGUGUGGAUGUGUCAGAUUUUGGGAAUGACCGCUCUUUCGACUGCUUCAUGCACUUUGGGGAUCUUCUUUAUCGGAGAAAUAUUACCCCACUCCGUGGCGUCCAGGCACAGCCUCGCCAUCGCCUCCAAGACUCUGUGCGCCACCCGCUUGCUGAUGUUAGUGUUCUUCCCCAUCGCCUACCCGGUCUCCAAGAUCCUGGACAUCAUGCUGCACCAGGAGAUUAGCAGCUUUUACACCAGGGAGAAGCUGGUGGCCAUGCUACGCGUCACGGACCCUUAUCAUGACCUGGUCAAGGAGGAGCUCAACAUAAUCCAGGGAGCCCUGGAGCUAAGGACCAAAACCGUGGAAGAUGUUUUGACCCCCCUGUCAGACUGCUACAUGCUGUCAUCAGACGCAGUCUUGGAUUUCUGCACCAUGUCUGACAUGAUGCAGAGCGGCUUCACCCGAAUUCCGGUUUAUGAGAACGACAGGUCCAACAUCGUUGACAUCCUGUUCGUGAAAGACUUAGCCUUCGUGGAUCCAGACGAUUGCACUCCCCUGAAAACAAUCACGCAGUUCUACAAGCACCCCAUGCACUGCGUCUUCAAUGACACCAAGCUGGAUGUAAUGCUGGAGGAAUUCAAGAGAGGGAAGUCUCACCUGGCCGUGGUGCAGAGGGUGAACAGCGAAGGCGAGGGGGACCCUUUCUAUGAAGUGAUGGGCAUUGUGACACUGGAGGACGUGAUCGAAGAAAUCAUCAAGUCUGAGAUUGUGGAUGAGACAGAUCUGUACACUGACAAUCGAACCAAAAGACGAGUGUCCCACCAUGAGAGAAAGCAACAGGAUUUCUCAGUCUUCAAACUUGGAGAAAAUGAGCUGAAGGUGAAGAUCUCUCCCCAGCUGCUGCUUGCCACACACCGCUUCUUGGCUACAGUGGAGCCUUUCAGAUUGUGUCACUUGUCGGACAAGAUCCUGCUGUGCCUCAUCAAACAUCCGAGUGUUGUGCAGGAGCUCAAGUUUGACCCCAAGAACAAAUGUGCUCCUCAACACUAUCUCUAUCAGAGAAACAAACCUGUUGACUACUUCAUCCUCAUCCUCCAGGGACGGGUGGAGGUGGAGAUAGGAAAGGAAGCUCUUCGGUUUGAAAAUGGAGCCUUUUCCUACUUUGGUAUGCCAGCACUGAUCCCACCACUUCCAACUGCCCACAGAUACAGCUCUCGCAGCAGUGGCCUGAACCAAUCAGACUCGUUACAGAGCGGGGGCAGCGUGGGUCAGCUCACAGCAGGCGGAGGGGCCUAUUUACCAGACUACUCAGUGCGACAACUCACGGACCUGCAGAUCAUCAAGAUCACCAGGAACCAUUACCAGAAUGCCCUGACAGCCACCCGGAUGGACAGCACUCCUCACACCCCGGAUGCUGUAGAUCUUGACAUCAAAGGGAGACCCCCAGGCCCAGAGGCUCGCUCAAACAGCAUCGCCCUCCCACUCAUGAGCAUGCACACACGACUGGGGAUGGCACGCUUUGCACACCUCCAUCCGUAUGGUGGCCUUCACAACACCUCCCAACUCAACGAGAGAAACCGUAUUGUUCGCAGUAAAUCUGAUGGGCAGAGGAGUCCAAAUGAUACAGUGUUCCUUCGCAUGGAUGAGAUUCCCUACAUCCACGAGGACUGGCCAGAAAGUUCUGCUGACAAUGAUGUGCCUACAGAGCCCUCCACCUCCCCUUUCAUCAGCUCCCUGUCUCUGUCCAGCUCCGAGGAGAACAUCGGAAAGAUGCUCCUGCGUAAACUCAGUAACAAGAGGAGGAAAAAGUCUCGAGACGGAGAAAAGAGUUUGGAGGAGGAGGGUUCAGAGCAACCAUCGGUAACAAGCUAGUCCAGCGACAUUCAGGAGAAGGGAUAAAUCCUGCACCACCUUCCUCUUUGUCGUUCCCUGGAUGACCUCUGUACCUUAAAGUUCUUCAAACUUAAUUCAAGCUCUGAUCCAACUCCUCUUCAGCCACUUAUAAAUACUCAGGACCCCAUGGACAUAUUAUGGCCCCUUAAUGCCUGAAAUAAAAAAUGUGAUAGGAUAUAUUUUAUCAGCAUAUAUGAUAGGUGAAGCCUUUCACUGGACUGCAUGGAAACCAUUUAGUUUUAUGCAGUUUAAUUGUGCAAACCUCGUCCAUGUUACCUUAUAAUAGUAGGUAUAUUCAUGUUGGUAAUCACAACAUUUAAGCUGUCAUUUGCUGUCAAAAUAUAUUAAAUUUAAAUACCAUAACAUCCAAUUAUGAACCAGGUUUGACUUGGUCAAACAUAGUUUGGGUAUCUAUUGUUACUGUGUGUUAGUUUCCACAUUAUGAGAAUGUUUGCACAAGAAACUUCCCAGAUGUGUUGUCAGAAGGGGCCCGAGUACUGCCAACACAACAGACCACACAAGGUUAAAUAGAAAGGGCCACCAAAUGAGCACAUUUUUUUACAUAGUUUAUUAAAAAGCCAUACAAUUGCCAACGUUCAGCCUAAUUGUAAGGAAAUUAGGUAAAGUUAGAGAAAGAGCGAAGGUUUUCUUUGUUGUUUUUAUAUGAAAGUGUAAGCAUUGCCAAUGUAAUAUGACAAUAAUAAUGCAAGUCAUGAAAAAUGUUUUAAUUGUACAAAUUCAUAAGAACAUUACUUGCUUUUCCAGAUACUAUCUUCUAACUGAAAUGCUUUUUUCUACAUACACAAUAACUAUUUGUCUCCUCAAAACAUCCCUGUCUGUCUACAAGUUGCCAAAUAGACACAACUGAGAUACCCAUCGAACAUUUCCACCGACCUGAUCGCACCCAGUAAAACCAACCCCCAAGGAUUUCAUCACCUAUUGUAAGAGAGUUUUAAAUAUUAAGAUCAUCAUCAGUACCAAUUAUUAAAGUUUUAUACACCAGCUAAAAAAGCUAAAUAAGCUAAUAGUUUUGGGAUUAGGGACCUCUAGAUCUAGGGAUCCAAACAGAGAUUCUUGAGGAAGCAGCUGCUGCAGUGCAAUCAUAGGUAUUCACACCCCUUGAACUUUUCCAUAGUUUGUUAUGUUACAACCACAAACUUUAAACCUAUUCAGAUUUUAUGCAAUAGACCAAUGCACAAUGGUGAACUGAAAGAAUGGUUUUAAUUUUUUAUUUCCAAAUAUAUGUGGUGAAAGAGUGAUGUGCAAUCAAUACUUUGCACGAACCUUUGGCUAGAAUUACAGCCACAUUCAUUUCCAGCUUUGCACAUAAAGAUAGACUUUGCCUUUUCUUUGUUUGCAAAAUAGCUCAAACUUUUCAAGUUUUCCAAAUAACCAGAUCAUCAAAUAGAUUCAGGUCUAGAUUUUUUGUAGGCCAUUUUAACACAUGAAUAUAUUCGAUCUGGCUGAAUGUGCGUGGUUGUUGUCCUGUUGCAAGGAUAACCUCCACCCCAGUCUCAACUCUUUUGCAAACUCGACAUUGUUUUGUCCUGGACUGUCCUUUUAGUUUAGUGUCAUCCAUUUUCAUAUCAACUCUGACCAGCUUAAUGUCCCUGCAGAAGAAAAACAUCCCCAGGGCAUAAUGUCGCUACCGCCAUGCUUGAUGGUGGGAAUGGUGUGUUCAGGUUGAGAUAUAAUGGUGGUGUUCUGCCACACAGAGUGUCAAAUUCAAUAUUUGUCUGACAGGAGAUAUUUCUUUUAAAACAAUUUGAAAACCUUAUAUCAAUUUCCUCUCACUUCAAUAUUAUGCGAUACUCUAUGUUGCUCUAUCAGAUAAAAUCCCAAUAAAACACUUUGAGGUUUGUGGUUAUAUUGUGACAAAAUGUGGGGAAGGAGGUAUGAAUACUUUUAGAAGCCACUGCAUGUUUGCGUGUUUGUUUUUGCUCCUUGUACUGUAAAACUAACCCUACAAAGAUCCUGUUUCGCUUAUGCAUGCUUAUGUAAAAAGGAACUAAACUCCCGAUGAAAGUGCAGUCUGCAGUUAGUCUAAGUAGAUUUUAUAAGUCUGACAAAGACAGCAGGCUAACAUUUAACAAUAACAGAGAAACCUUCAUCUAAAGGUUGCUUUAAGAGCUCACAAUACUGCACAGGAGGACAGAGGUCAUUUGAAAAAACAUGUCAGUGAACUUACUGAGAUGAUCCAACAUUACUGCAAUAAAGAUAUUAUUAAGUUUCUUUAAAAUUAAGAGCAAAAAUAGGUUGGGAUUUUGUUGAUAUGUUGUCUGAAAGUUUGGUCAGGAUCGCUACCAAACAAAGCACAGGCAGAGAUUUGACUGACGAAAGCAAUCGAACACACACUGACGUCAGGCCACCCCCCCCCACACACAAACAGAGGACACUCCCUCGAUUUAUUCAUUCUGGGGAUAGUGCAAGGCUAAGCUACUCAGAAUGAUCCCGCAGACGCACGACACUCAGGUGGAAGUGUCCUGAUCUGACAGCUGACUCAGACUGAAAGGAUUUGAGUUUGGAGUAAAACUCUUUCAGAGAAUUUAAAGAUCUAUUGUGACUGGUAAAAUGUUUUAGAUUAAAAAACGAAAGCUAGGUUCUGCUAUGUAAAAUUCAGAUGAUUAUCUAAAGAUGUAAAGAAGCAUAUUAUUUGAUCUUUAUGAUGGAAUAUAUUAAUAAAUUUAAGGACCUAUUA